AUGUCGCCCGCGCACAGAUCGGUCCCAGAUCAGAAGACUCGACGAUACGACCGCCAGCUGCGCCUCUGGGCGUCAUCGGGGCAGUCGGCACUCGAGUCUGCGCACAUCCUGGUCCUGAGCUCGUCGUACACCUCCACGUCGAUCUUGAAGAAUCUCGUUCUGCCAGGCAUCGGUGCCUUCACCAUCCUCGACAAGGCCAUUACCACCCCAAGUGACGCCGGCAACAACUUCUUCCUCGAGGGACUCGAGAGCGUUGGAAAACCACGCGCCCAGGAGGCUGUCAGAUUGCUUUUGGAGCUCAACGAUGGCGUCAAGGGGCAUUCUAUCGUGGACAAGGACAUCAAGGACGUGUUGAGCAAGGAGAUGGUUGAGGAGGAGGAGUGGUUGAAGGGGUUCAGCUUGAUCAUUGCCCAUAACCUGGAGAAGACGGCGCUGGAUCGCUUGUCUGCGUUGCUGUGGGCCGACGUCAAGAGCCCACCGCUGGCUAUUGUGCGAUCGGCAGGUUUCCUGGCAGAGGUCUUCAUCCAGUUCCACGAACAUGCUAUCAUCGAAUCCCAUUUGGAGAGUUCUCCGUCGCUGAGGAUCGACAAACCAUUCCCUGCGCUGCUUGAACAUUCCCUGUCCUUGGACUUUGAAAACAUGGACGUAACGGACCACGGUCACAUCCCGUAUGUCUAUAUUCUCGUCCGGGUGCUAGAGGAGUGGAGGAAAACGCACGACGGAAAUCCACCACGCACACCAGCAGAGAAGAAAGAAUUCAAGUCUAUCAUUCUCAACAUGCGAAAGAAGGCGGACGAGGAGAACUUUGAGGAGGCCGAAUCGCAGGCGUUCAAGUGCUGGACGGAAACAGUCGUUCCUUCAGACGUGAAGGCGCUAUUCUCCUUGUCAUCGGAAUCAUCACCACCCCACACCAAGCCCUUCCACCUCCUCCUCAAAGCACUGGAACGCUACACAACAACCGUCGCUCCACACACGUUACCCCUCAGCGCUACUCUCCCUGAUAUGAAGUCCAGCACGAAUCAAUACGUCGGCCUGCAAAAGUUGUACAAGGAACGCGCUGUAGAAGAACGAAACGUUUUCAAGGCCAUCUUGGACGAGGUGAUAAAGGAGAAAGGAGAGGACCCAUCGUUGAUCGACGACGAGACUAUCGACAGCUUCGUCAAGCACUCACAUAUCCUCCGGUUGCUCAAGGGCAAGAAGUGGGGAUGGCUGGACGAAUCUCCCGCCGCGCUCACCGAAUACGCGCAAACGUCGCCUAAACAGCUCGCUAUUCAUCUCGCACUAUCAGCGCUCGCUUCCCUACAUUCCAAACACCUUCUGUCUGCUACGCAAUCACAGACGGCGGAAGGGCAGGAGUCAGAAUUCCGACCUACCCUUGAGGCGCUGACGGCGGAAGCCAAGUCUAUGCUCCCGGAAGGUGUCGAGUUGGAUGAGACAGAGUUCGAUAACGCCAUUGGGGAAGCCGCCCGCUCUCCAACCGCUGACUUGCCCAACACUGCCGCUCUCCUUGGAGGUGUGGUAGCACAGGAAGUCAUCAAGAUGAUCACGAAACAGUAUGUGCCGAUCGAAGGCUAUUGCACGAUCGAUUUGGUGGAGACUUGGACCGGAAUGUUGGUGUAGAUAGUUGGAGAGAUAAGAGAUGUAGAACACGCUUCUGAUGUAUUAUAGACGGGAAAUCAAGCCGCUCAGACUUUUUAUGUCAAA